AUGUGUCAUUGACUUUGACUACUCUGCUCUUCUCUCCCUCUCUUUCUUCACAGUAUACAGUAUCACUGAUUUCAAGCUCUACCGCCAUAGCCAUAUUCCUCUCAAAAGUAAUGAACUCAGCUCCACCUUACUUCUCCAACCUUUUCUUCUACCUCUCUCUCCUCAAUGAACCUCUCCAUUAGGGUUUCAAAAGCUCAAUCUUUUCCCACCAAUUCCUUCUCUCUCAUUCUCUUUCACCUCUUCUCUUCACUCCCUCACUAUAACCACUCCUCACUUUCAGAAACCCAUUACAGAGACCUCUUAUUCACCACCAUUGAUAAAAAGCCCUGGGCUUUUUCCUCUUCCACCAAAUGGGUCUCCCCUAAAUUCAGACCCAUUAUUCUCAACCCCGAGUUGUUCGUACGAGUCCUCCGUUGUUCUCACCAAAGACCCAGAAUCGCUUUGAGAUUAUUCAGAUGGGUUUUGGGUCAAUCUGAAUUUCAAUACUCAGAAUUUUCCUUUUGUGCUAUACUUGAAAUUCUUGCUCAGAACGGUAUGAUGAGCUCGGCUUAUUCGGUUAUGGAAAGAGCGGUUAGUGUUAAUAUGAUUGGAAUUGUUGAUGUUUUGAUUAAUGGGUUUGUUUGUUCUGAUGAGAUUAGUUUAAAGCUUCUUGAUUUGUUGUUGUGGAUUUAUACUAAGAAAUCAAUGAUUGAACAAUGUUUAAAGGUGUUUGAGAAAAUGACUCAAAGGGGUUUAGUUCCUAAUGUUAAGAAUUGUAAUAGGGUUUUAAGGUUACUUAGAGAUAAGAAUUUGUUUGAUAAAGCUAAUGAGGUUUAUAGAUUAAUGGGUUUAUUAGGGAUUGAAUUUACUAUUGUUUCUUAUAAUACUAUGUUGGAUUGUUUAUGUAAAGAAGGUGAAGUGAACAAAGCUCUUGAGUUAUUACCAAUUAUGGAGAAGAGAGGCUUUGUUGGUAAUGAUGUUACUUAUAAUGUUUUGAUUAAUGGGUUGUGUUCCAAUGGAGAAGUUGAGCAAGCCAAGGGAUUGAUUGGUGAGAUGUUGAGAUUGGGAUUAAGAGUUUCUGUUCAUACUUAUAAUCCUUUAAUCCGUUGUUGUUGUAUUAAAGGAUUGGUUGAUGAGGCAUUAGGGAUUGUUGAUGAGAUGAUUGAAAGAGGUGUUUUGCCUAGUGUUGUAACUUAUAAUACGAUUAUUUCAGGUUUUUGUAAAUGGGCAAGAAUGGAUGAGGCUAGACAGUGUUGUUUCGAUAUGUUGAGGUGUAAUUUGAUGCCGGAUAUUGUAACAUAUAAUACUCUUAUUGAUGGGUAUUUUAAGUUGGGAAGAAUGAAGGAAGCUCUCCUUAUGUUUGAUGAGUUGAGAUGUAAGAACCUUGUUGCUACCAUUGUUACUUAUAAUUCUCUUAUAGAUGGUUUUUGCAGAAUGGGGCAUUUGGAGUCUGCUCGAUCGGUCAAGAAAGAAAUGAUCGAUGAAGGAAUUCGCCCCGAUGUUUUUACUUACACAAUUCUUGUGAAUGGAUGUCUCAAGGCAGGGUACUUAUCAUUGGCAAAGGAAAUCUUUGAUGAGAUGUUGCGCGAACGCAUAGUGCCCGAUGGCUACGCUUACAAUACACUAAUUGCAGGCGAGUUUUCGCUCGGGGACACAUUGAAAGCAUUUAGCAUCCAAGAAGAAAUGCUUGUAAAGGGUGUGUGUCCCGAUUUAGUCACCUACAAUAUCUUUGUGAGCAGUCUUUGUAAACUUCGAAAUUUGAAAGAAGCUUGUGAGUCAUUUCAGAAUAUGAUAAGCGAUCGAAUCGUCCCCGAUCAUAUCACAUAUACAAGCAUCAUUCAUGCUCUUUUGGUAAGUAGACAUAUAAGAAUGGCUAUACAGGUAUUCUACGAUAUGGUAAAGAAAGGCGUAUCGCCUUCGGUUGUAACCUAUACGGUAUUGAUUCACACACUUGCAGCUGAAGAAAGUAGUCUAAGACUUGCUUUUAUGUUUUUCUCAGAGAUGCAAAAGAAAGGUAUUUUGCCAAAUGUGAUUACUUACAAUGCAUUGAUAAAUGGUUUUUGCAAAGGAAGGAGAAUGAGUGAGGCUUAUAGAUUAUUUGUUGAGAUGGAAUUCAACAAAGAAAUAGUACCAAAUAAGUAUACUUUCACUAUUUUGAUAAAUGAAAAUUGUGACAUGGGCAAUUGGCAAGAGGCCAUGAGAUUAUACAAUGUGAUGUUAGAUAGAGAAAUUCAACCUGAUUUUCAUACACACACUGCUCUUUUCAAGAAACUGAACAAAGACUAUAUGAUGCAGCAAGCUGUUGAGUACCUUGAGAAUCAAGUUCUUUUGUAGUGAAGAAACUGUUGAUUCAUCAACUCUAAGAUGAACCCGAACUGACAGGCAACAAUGUCGAUUAUUGUGUUAGUUACAAUGAUUCUUUAUGAGAUGCUAAAUUAGAUUUUUAGUCACAUUUUUGUUAUGUAAUUUAGAUUUUGGCCAACCUAGUAAAGAUCAUACCAGCCUAGGUUUCUACAGUCUGUUAAUAGAAUAUACUAAAAGCAUCUUAACUAAUUUAUGUCUUUUCUUCUAUAUAGCUCUCUGAAUUUUGACUUGUAAAAUUCUCAUCAAUGUAAUAAUGACAAUGCUGUCCACAUUACAUUUCAAAACUUAGCAAAAUUUGAGGUCAUGUUUUCUUUUUGUGCAUAGAGAUUUACAAACAAUUUAAGUGGUA